AUGGACCCUGAUAUGCGUAAGCGUAUGGGAAAGGGAAGUGGUGAUGAUGUGAGAAGUAUUGAGGAGAGAGUAGAGCCUGCAGAUAGGAGGGAAGCUGAACCUGGCAGAGAUGUGCUGAGAGAUGGAGUGCAAGAGGCUACACCGGGGCAGGAGAGCAGCCGGGUAGAUGAUACUUCAGAACAGCGCGUGUUGGGUGAUGUUCCUGGAAAUUCUGCAGAGGCUAUUGAGGAAGCCAAUGCUGGCUUGGUUGUGAAUCCGUUUUGGUCUCAGAGAGCCCAGGAUGAGGCUCGACUACAGGCAGCUAGACCUCAUCAUUUGGAAGAAGCUGCUAGUGAUUCAACUGAAAUGAGACUUCACGAUGAACAUCCGAUGCCAGUUGGAACUCCGGUGAGCUUUGGUCCCUCUGCUUCGAGGGAUCCCCAAGAAAGCGAGAGCGAUGCCACGCCGGGUCUGCGUCCUGGUGAGCGGCAGGUUCUGUCACAGAUGAAAGAACUCAUGGAAGUUCUACUGAAACAGAAUCAAGAGCUAGCACAUCAGAAUGUUGGCCUGCAGCAGCGCAUUGACAAGCUGGAGGAAGAGAAAACCAGCAGCCACUGGAGAUCUGUGGGCUCCGGGGGAGGACAGGAUGUGUUGAAUCUCCCAUAUCCUCAGGGCCGUGAUCCUUUUAAUCCUGGGGAUCGCACGUUUUGGAACCUUCCGGUACUUGAGGGUCUUCAUGUGGCCUCUCCGGCAACGAGGGCUGGGGAUUGGCUGGCUCAGAUCAGACCCUUACUGUUCGAUCUCAGUGAGUGGUCGCAGCUUUGGUGGACCAGAGUUGAAUGGGAGGCUCAGGUCCUUUAUCGGCAGUGGUCUCGAGCACCAUCGAUUGAGAAGGGAUUGAUUCAGCCACGGGUGAGCAUCGAGCUUAUGCACGUGCGAUUCAGGAGACUUGAGAGCAGGGCUUACGGGAUGCUUCAGUCGGCAGUUCCACAAUCCGUGAUAGACGAGCUGCUGGCCACAAGGAUGUGGAGUCGACGCCACGCGCGAGCUGUAAGCAUGGGAGUGAACAUUCCUGAUCCAGCUUUGAAUCGUCUGGAGAUUGAUCAUCGACCAAGCAUGACAGCUGUGAUUGAGUACAUGAGAAUCUUGCAGUCGGAGUGGGAACAGGUUUCAGUUUCUGGGCAGGAGCCGGGAACUACGGCGAGGCCCAACCCAGGGGAGCUGGAGGAGGCAAAGGGAGCAAGGGACCAUGCCAAGGACGAUGCUACAAUUGUGGAUCGGACCAGCAUCGACAGCAGGUUUAUUCUGGUCGCCACGCUUGGCGUGCCACUGCUUCGUGAUGGAAAACCGUUGCCGCUUAGCGAAGAAGCGAGGGCGGAUGACGUUUGUGAUGAUGAUGGUGGUGGCAUUGGUGAGUGGGUGCUUGAAGAUGAAGCUGAGGAAGGAAGGGACGAACCAGAAUGUGCCUACAUGAGUGAUGAUGAGUACCGGAAGUUGUGUGAUGAGUAUGAUGAGAAGUGGAGGGAGGUCGCCAAGGGCCUGAAGGAGGAUGAGGAGUCUAGGUUCCACAUUGCCCCUGUUAUGUACCGAGAGGUGAAGGAUCAGGUCAAGUUUGAAGCUGAGGAAAUUGUUGACGAAACUGAGAUUCAGGCACUGCGAGACAGCGGGGCCCAGAUCGAGAUCCUGCCGGCGAAGGCCAAGGGUCGGGAACGCAAGUUGCAGUGCUACGCUGGUGGAGCGGAUUCGUUGAGUUUGAGGCCUCCAUCAGUCUUGAAGCAGGCUGGGUUUGCAGCUGAGGGAGAGUUUUGGGAAAUCACUGGUGCAUUGUACGGAAUGCAAGAGAGUCCUGCUGACUGGGCAUCUUACAGAGACGAAACUUUGCCGACCAUUGGAAUUUGGAUUCAAGGUAAGAAGAUUUUCUUGGAGCGAUCGGCCUAUGACAACAACAUGUGGCUUCUUCGUUGCCCUGAAACAUCUGAGAUUUUGGCUGUACUAUCAAUUUAUGUCGAUGACCUGUUGCUUUCAGGAACACCUGAGGCCUCGGAAGCAGUAUGGGCAGCCAUCAAAGAAAAGUGGCGGAUUAGUGAACCGGAGUAUGCGGACCUUGGUCGGGCGAUUACCUUUUGUGGUUUUGAGAUUCGACAAGAAGAAGACGGGAUUCAUGUUGGACAGGCGAAGUACGUUCAGUCUUUAUUGGACAAGUACCCUGAGAUCCAAGGCAUGACUAUGUGUCCGUAUGCUAAGGAGAGUGAGAACAUUGAAACCAAACCCCAGCCUUCACUUCCGAAGAUCAGGCGCGCUCAAGCGCUGGUUGGGGAGAUCCUGUGGCUGGCAACGCGCACCAGGGCGGACCUUGCCUAUGGGGUGAGUAGGAUUGGUCAAUUGAUUACCCGUGAUUGUGAUCAAGCGAUUCAGCGAGGAGAAGACAUGAUUCGGUAUUUGAGGGCCACGAAGAAUCAAGAGCUUCUUUAUGGAUGUCCGGGGAAGGGUCAUGGUCCAGGGGAUCAGUUGCCAGUAGAGCGAAGUUUCAAUUUGAUUGAGGUGUUCGCUGACGCAAGCUUUUGUCCUGGAAGUGACAGAAGCCAGAGUGGCAUCAUUCUGAUGUGGGGAAAUGCCCCAAUUGGUUGGAUGUCGAUGCGACAGGCUUGCGCUAGCCUUAGCACGGCUGAGGCAGAGUUACAAGCUUCGCUGGACGGGAUGACUCUGGCAGAAGGGAUCGUGGAGAACUCGACAUUUGAGAUUGAAGGCUGCCUGGUGCAGAUCGACGUCGAUGCAGAACCAGACAACCCAACCACUGGCAUCGUAGAUAUCAUCAAGCUUGCGAUCCGAAUGGUGAGGGAAACUGAAAAUGAUGACGAAUGGUCACUUGUGAGGAGGACUGUCGAAGGAUUCGCUAGUUCCUGUGAGAUUGCAGAACCGCCGGUUCCUACAGGCGAUGCGGGCGCUGGUGACAACUCACUGGAUGGAGAAGGCGAUGGAGCUGAACCUCUCAGUGGCGGAGAAGGAGAUGAAGUCGAAGAUCUGGGCGCUGAGUUCCAAACUGCUUUGCAGCCGAAGCUGGCAGAACCUCAGAACCCAGUGAUUUAUCCUGGAUGGCCUCUCCGGGUGCCACCGCGGUUCUCCUGGGACCCGGAGCCUGAAUGGGGAGGACCUGAAAGCAACUUUCACCAGAGAAUGCCUGCUCGACUGCAGCAAGAUCUAUGGUACGUGGACCGUCGUCGUGGACUGAUCACAAGGUUCCACGUGAAGCCUCGGGUGAAGCUCUUUUUACCUGGACCUUCUGGCUGGCCUGAUGGGAUCUCUCAAGAUCGUCUUACAGGGAGAAGGCGAACGUUAGCCAUGCUUCAUAAUCCUGAGGGACAACAGAUCCUGGAGGAUGAUUGGAGCCACACAUCGAGACCCACAAGGUUGCUUGAGCGCAAGUGGACUGGAAGGACCGAGUUUGAGCUUCGCAGUGAUCUAUGA